AUGCGUUUCCGUUUUGCGUUGACGCUGCAGGCGCUGUGGACCGCGGUUUGCCAGGCGGCCAUGCAGCACUACCCUGCAGCGUGGGGCCACUACGACGUGUGCAAGUCCCAGAUUUAUACAGACGAAGGCCUUACCUGGGACUACAUGGCCUGCCAACCCGAGGCGACAGACAUGACCCAUUACUUGAAGGUUACUCUGGAUCCCCCCAACAUCACCUGUGGAGACCCUCCGGAGACGUACUGCGCCCUGGAGAAUCCUUACAUGUGUAAUAAUGAAUGUGAUGCCAGCACUGACGAGCUCGCCCACCCUCCAGAGCUCAUGUUCGACAUCGAGGGCCGCAACCCCACCACCUUCUGGCAGUCCACCUCCUGGAAGAAGUACCCAAAGGCCCUCCUGGUCAACCUCACGCUCUCUUGGAACAAGACCAUCGAGCUGACUGACGACAUCGUCCUCACCUUUGAGUCAGGCCGGCCCGAACAGAUGGUCCUGGAGAAGUCUCUGGAUUACGGCCGAACCUGGCAGCCCUACCAGUUCUACGCCACCGACUGCCUGGACGCCUUCACCAUGGAGCCCAAGACGGUGCAGGACUUGACCCAGCACACCCUGCUGGACAUCAUCUGCACUGAGGACUACUCGCGAGGUUAUGUGUGGAAGAAUGACAAAACUGUGCGCUUUGAGAUCAAGGAGCGCUUUGCCCUGUUCGCCGGGCCCCGGCUCCACAACAUGGCCUCGCUUUACGGCCAACUGGACACGACCAAGAACCUGAGGGACUUCUUUACCAUCACAGACCUGAGAAUCCGCCUGCUCCGGCCUGCCACGGGAGCUACGAUGGUGGACGAGACCAACCUGUCCAGAUACUUCUACGCCAUCUCGGACAUCAAAGUGCAGGGCAGGUGCAAGUGCAACCUUCAUGCCAUCAGCUGCGUAUAUGACAAAGACAAGUUGGGCUGCGAGUGUGAACACAACACCACCGGGCCUGACUGCGGCCGCUGCAAGAGGAAUUACCAGGGGCGAGCGUGGAGUGCUGGCUCCUACCUGCCCAUCCCUAAGGGCACAGCUAAUAUCUGUAUUCCUAAUAACAUUGGUCCAGUUAACUGCGAAUGCUUCGGCCACUCCAACCGAUGCAGCUACAUCGAAGUGCUAAACACCGUCAUUUGCGUGAGCUGUAAGCACAACACUAGGGGCCAACACUGCCAGCUAUGCAAGCCGGGCUACUACCGCAAUGCCUCGGCAGAACUGGACGCUGAAAAUGUGUGCAUAGAGUGUAAUUGUAAUCCAUUUGGCUCAGUCAGUGAUCGCUGUAAUGGCACAGGAUUUUGUAUAUGUAAGGAGGGCGCUACAGGGCCCAAGUGUCAGGAGUGCCUACCCGGCUAUUUGUGGGACGAUGGCUGCAAAUCCCGGGUGUGCGACAACGAGCUCCUGCGCUGCCAGAACGGCGGCGUGUGUGUCAACAACGUCCGCUGCAACUGCCCCGCGACCUACAGCGGCCUGCUGUGUGAGAAGCCCCGCUGCAGCUCGGAGCUGGGGGGCUGCGGGGGCCCCGGCUCAGGCCAGGCCCCGCUGACGCCUCCGUCGGCCUUCAGGCUGCUGCUGCUGCUGCUGCUGCUGCUGGGCCCGGUGCUGCUGGGAGAGGCCGCCGUGCUCUGA